AUGGAACAUGUUGGCUUUCACUACGAUCCUGACUGCGACUACAGCCUGCAUGGUGCCAUUGGAGCAAUGGAUGUUAUUUGUACGCAUUGCAAUGCAGCGAAGUUUCGAGGAGGAACAGCUGGCAUGUGCUGCUCCAGUGGCAAAGUGAAACUGCCUGCAUUGGAACCGCCACCAGAACCAUUAUAUUCCUUACUCACUGGAGAAUCGCCGACGUCUAAGCAUUUCUUGCAGAACAUACAAGCACACAAUUCACGCUUUCAAAUGACUGCUUUUGGUGCCACAAAUAUCAUUAGAUAUCCAUUUAUGCCGACGUUCAAGAUUCAGGGACAAAUAUACCAUCGAGCAGGCUCGCUCAUACCAUUUGCCGAUGCCGACUAUCAAUUUUUGCAAAUAUAUUUCAUCGGCAAUGGGGCAGCAUUCCAGACGAUUCAACGCACCAACAACCGAUGA